CGGUGGAGCCGGUCAUGGCGGCGGUGUGUGCGAGUCCAUGAGGUGGCGACGCUGGCUGUUCUCUGUCACACAACUACCCGAGCAGCGCGUUGCCAUGGCUGGAGUGUUUGACAUUGAUUUGGACCAGCCAGAGGAAAAUGUUUCCGAUGACGAGAAUGAGGAGGCUCAAAUCAAUGAUAUCAUGGAUCAGUGCAGUGGGUUUGAGUUCAACAUGGACGACUGUGAGAAGAUCGAGAUCUCUGACGACAUCGUGAAUCAGGGGACGGAGAACAUCAGGCCCGAGUGCUUUGAGCUGCUGCGGGUUCUGGGGAAGGGAGGUUAUGGAAAGGUUUUCCAAGUUCGAAAAGUUGUUGGAGCUGCAUCAGGCAAAAUAUUUGCCAUGAAAGUUUUAAAAAAGGCUAUGAUCGUUCGCAAUGCAAAGGAUACGGCUCAUACCAAGGCUGAGAGGAACAUCCUGGAGGAAGUGAAGCAUCCCUUCAUAGUUGAUCUCAUCUAUGCCUUCCAGACAGGAGGAAAGCUGUACCUCAUCCUGGAGUACCUGAGCGGAGGAGAGCUCUUCAUGCAGCUGGAGAGGGAGGGCAUCUUCAUGGAGGACACCGCCUGCUUUUACCUGGCAGAGAUCUCCAUGGCGCUGGGUCACCUGCACCAGAAGGGCAUCAUCUACAGAGACCUCAAACCUGAGAACAUCAUGCUCAACAGCCAAGGUCAUGUGAAAUUGACAGACUUCGGUCUGUGUAAAGAAUCCAUUCAUGAUGGGACGGUUACACACACUUUCUGCGGUACCAUUGAAUACAUGGCUCCAGAGAUCUUGAUGAGAAGCGGGCACAACAGAGCGGUGGACUGGUGGAGUUUGGGCGCUCUGAUGUACGACAUGCUCACGGGAGCGCCACCUUUCACCGGUGAGAAUCGGAAAAAAACUAUUGACAAGAUCCUGAAGUGCAAGCUCAGCCUCCCGCCGUACCUCACACAAGAAGCAAGAGAUCUCCUGAAACGGUUGCUGAAGAGAAAUGCUUCAUCACGGUUGGGAGCGGGAGCAGGAGACGCCACAGAAGUGCAGGCUCAUCCUUUCUUUCGACAAAUUAACUGGGAGGAACUACUGGCUCGGAAAGUAGAGCCUCCCUUCAAGCCUAUAUUGCAAUCGGCAGACGACGUGAGUCAGUUUGACUCCAAGUUCACUAGUCAGACACCAGUCGACAGCCCAGACGACUCAACCCUCAGUGAGAGUGCCAAUCAAGCCUUUCUGGGUUUCACAUAUGUCGCUCCAUCAGUCCUGGACAACAUCAAAGAGAAGUUCUCAUAUGAGCCAAAGAUCCGCUCCCCUCGACGGAUCAUGGGCAGCCCGAGGAUGCUUCUCAGGUACGUUAGCCGACGUGCAGCAGAUACUGCACAAACAACUAUGAACCACAUUCAUAGUCCACCACCUCCAUUUCUUUCUCUCCUCCGUCUCCUCAGCCCGGGCUGGUCCCGCAACCCCCUCCUCCCCGGUGGAGGACAAAGUGUCCUCCAUUGUCCUCAGGACCAGGCCAUGGAGCUGUCCACCCCUGAGCAGAUGGACAUCUCGUGCAGCUCCGAGGCCUCGGCCCCUCUCCCCAUCCGCCGGCCUGCCGGGGUUAACACGGCUCAGAUGAAGCAGCAAGCCUACCCCGUGGUAGCUAAGCGCCCUGAGCAUCUACGAAUGAACCUAUGACCCAUGAUUCGUCAAAUUUUUUUCUUAUUUUUAUUUUUUUUUUUCCAUUUUGUUGAUAUUUUUUUAAAAAGACAAAGGUAUGGAGGCUAGAGCUGACGGAAAUCCACAAUUGCACAUCCUCACACUACAUAUACUGUCACUACCUGGAGUUUGUGUGCGUGGCCGGCACCCCUGCGUGCUGCAGUUAUGUGCUACCGACAGCAUCACCAUCUCUCUACUUCUUCUCAGACUCUUCAGGUCUGUUGGUUUUUGUCUUCAUCAUGUGUGGCCUGGAAAUUCAUAGGCGGUUAUUACCACACAGUAUGCUUCAGACUGAAAAACAGUCUGGUGUCGGUCUUUGAUAAGAUGUCCGACGUGCUUCGUGCUCUUUCAAUGAAAGCCAGCAAGUAAAUACUGAUGGACAGAUUAUUCUUUGACAAAAUGCUUCCUGGCUCUGAAUGGGGGGAAAAAAACUUAUGCAUUAAAUUAAAAUUGUUUUAUUCAAAUCAAAGAAACUGUUUAGCAGACAAGCAGAGGUUCUGUCAUUGAUAAGUUUAGCUUUAUAUUUUACAAUGUCUUAGAAAGUGGAUGCACUGAUUGUGCUACAUUUCAACUAUGAAUCAAAAGAACCUGACUGAAAUAAGGAAGAAGAAGAAAAAAAGUGGGACUUUUAUCAUUCUUUCAGCAUAGGUGUCGUGGAUAACUUGUGAAAUAGCUUGUUUUAUGUGGGGUCCAUACUUCGGUUAUCGUUCUUCAGCUAUAUCAGGUUGGAUCACUGGAUUAGUUUAUCACGAUUCAGUUUGAUUCAACAAUAGCGCGACCCUUUUUCUUUUUCAAUCACCAACCAAAACAUUAAAGUGAUUUCAAUCCAGCUUGAGUGACACAUCCACUCGUCUGGCUGCCCAGGAGAUCCUGGGGCUCGGCAGUUCAGGACGGCAGACCCUCAUCUGACCCCUGGAGGGGGAUUCAUGUCUAAGACUGUAGAGCCAGUUGAUCUGGUCAGCGUCUGCAGCUGCGGGGUUUAAUGCUCCGCAGGCAGCAUUCAGCCUCCUGCAUCAGCAUUACCUUGUUCAGGACGGACAUUUUUUGAACUUCUGCAAUACAAAAAAAAAUUAUAAAUAAAAUACAGAAAAAAAACAUGUGCAUCAUU